AAGGCUAGCAUUUUUUGCAAUAGCGGUGAAUAUGGUAGCAUAUUUGGUGCUUGAAAUGCGACAGUCAUUACCAGAUGCAGCUACUCAUGUCACCAAUUGGAUAGGAGCUGCUUAUGUGCUCACUCUUUUUGGUGCUUUUUUGGCUGAUGCUUAUCUUGGCCGAUUCAAGACCAUCAUUCUCUUCUCUUGCGUUUAUGCAGUUGGAAUGGUGUUAUUGACACUAUCAGCCUCCAUAGACGGUCUACAUCCUGCACCAUGCUAUACAAAAGAAUUAUGUCCAAAACCAACAACCAACCAAAACGCAUAUCUUAUAGUUGCAUUAGCCCUCAUAGCCGUUAGCACAGGCGGAAUCAAGCCCUGCGUUUCAUCAUUUGGUGCAGACCAAUUCGACGAGGCAGACGAGAAAGAAGUCCCCAAAAAAUUCGCAUUCUUUAACUGGUUCUUCUUUGCCAUAAACAUGGGAGCAUUACUGGGUAUAACACUUAUGGUAUAUGUUAAAGAAGAGAAAGGUUGGGGGUGGGGAUUUGGUGUGCCCACUGGUGCUAUGAUUGUUUCAAUCUUUGUAUUGGCUGCUGGAAUACCUUUUUAUCGCUAUCAAAAGCCUAUGGGAAGCCCUUUUACUAGGUUUGCUCAAGUGAUUGUUGCGUCUUUGAAAAAUCAUUUUAGAGGAGUUGAGGUUGAAAGUGAACUUCAGCUUUACGAGGUUCAGACUAUGGAGUCUGAUAUUAAGCGUGCCCGAAAGCUCCAACACACCAGACAAUUCAAAUUCUUGGACAAGGCAGCAGUUAUAACAGACCCAGAAACAAGCACACAGAACAGAUGGAAACUUUGCACGAUUACACAAGUUGAAGAAUUCAAAUCCAUAAUCAGAAUCCUCCCAAUAUGGGCAUCAACAAUUGCCCUCUCCAUCUCUUUUGCACAACUCGCAACAUUCUUCACCAGCCAAGCCUUAAUCAUGGACCGAAAACUCGGCUCCAAUUUCAUAAUCCCAGCAGGAUCCGUCACCGUUUUCAGCGCCAUCAAUCCCCUAAUUUUAAUACCCAUUUACGAAAAAUUCAUAGUCCCAAUCCUCCGUAGACACACAGGCCACUACCGUGGGAUCACAUCGCUGCAACGAAUGGGCGUCGGCCUUUUCGUUUCAAUCUUUGCCCUAGCAUCAGCUGCAUUGGUCGAAAAAAAGAGACUCGACAGUUUAACCCCAUCAAAAAUGAGCGUUUUCUGGUUGUUUCCGCAAUAUUUCUUGAUCGGAACAGCAGAAGUUUUCACUUACGUUGGCCAAUUAGAAUUUUUCUACGAUGAAGCAACCGAUGGGACCAGAAGUAUCAGUAGUGCAUUAUUUCUUACUGAAAUUGGAAUUGGAAGCUGGUUGAGUACUGCAAUUGUUAAGAUUAUUGAAAGUGCAACGGGCGGACAAGAAAAAGGAUGGUUAAGGAAUAAUCUUAAUAAAAGUAGACUUGAUUAUUUCUACUGGAUAUUGAGCGGCAUCAAUGGGUUGAAUUUCUUGGUUUAUUUAUGGGUGUCGAGGCGUUAUAAGGGUCGGAGGAGUGGUGCAGUAAGUGGUAGCAUAAGAGAUGAGUCUCUGAUUGAGAUGAGUGUUCAUGAUCAAGAAUUUAAAAAAGGAGAUGAGAAAUAGUUUCAAAGUGUGGCGUUCUAAAAUUAUUUGCAUUUUAAUACGUACUUAUCUCAGAAUGAUUCAGUUUAUGGCAGGUCAUUUUUCUCUACGGUAAAUAAGUAAAAAUAUCGAAUCGAGCGUGAUCAAAUUUUUUUAA